AUGUCGGAGCUGGAGCGGCUGCGGCUGAGCGAGAUCCCCGCGGGCCGGGAGCGGCUGCGGGAGCAGCACGGGAACCUGCUCAGGGUGGCCGAGUACUGCCACAGCAACUACCUGCAGGCCGGCGACAAGCGGCGGGCGCUGCAGGAGACGAUGGCGCUGAGCACGCAGUCCCUGGCCAGUGUCACCUACCAGGUCAGCAGCCUGGCCCGCGCCUUCCUGCGCCUCAUGGACCUGCAGGCGGCCCAGCUGCGCCAGCUGGAGGCCGAUGUCACCUGCGUGGCACAGAGCGUGGACAUCCACAAGGAGAAGGUGUCGCGGCGCGAGAUCGGCGCCCUGACCGUCACCAGGAGGUGCCUGAGCUUCCAGAAGGUUCUGCCCCCCCCGGAGCCCCCCGUGCUGGAGCCCUACUACCGGAGACCCCUCAACUUCAGCGUGCUGGACGGCGUGGGCCACGGCGUCAAGGACACCAGCACGCAGCUGUCCCGCACCGGCACCCUGGCUCGCAAAAGCACCAAAUCCUCCUCGGCCCAGGCUGCGGGGACGCUGGGGAGGAGCGGCCGUGUCCCCGAGCCGGUGCAGCCGCCCGUGGUUCCUGUGGGGAAGCUCCCGAGCGGCUCCUGCGGCUCCUCCCCGCUGCCCCCCAGCUCCAGCGGGACCCCGGCAGCUCCUGGGGACGGAAUUCCUGCCCCGCCACCGCUGCCAGGGCCACCCCCGAUGGCACCGUCCCCUCCUGUGGUGCCACCCCCGAUGGCACCGUCCCCUCCUGUGGUGCCACCCCCGCCUGGCGCUGCCAUCCCCCCUCCGCCGCCCCUCCCCGGGCACCUGCUGCCCCCUCCCCCUGCGCACCUGGCCGUGCCCCCGGCGGAGCUCCCGCCCCCAGCCCCCGAUGACCUCGAGCUGCCGCCGCCGCCCCCGGCUGAGCCUGACCUUGGGGACCUGGCCCUGCCACCGCCACCGGACGCAGAGGAGCCCCCGUGGGCCCCGCAGAGCUACCCAGGUGGCUCCAUGUCCGUGUCCCUGUCCCCAGAUGUGGCUCCAUGUCCGUGUCCCCGUCCCACAGUGAUGUCCCCGCUCCCCGACCCGCGGCAGGAGGACACCGAGGACACCGAGCUGGGAACGCAGCAGGGAGGGAGCUGA